GACUGACUGACCGACCGAUUCCUGGUGAAUGAACGGUAUUUGACUCGAUGGCCGCUUUCCAUUCUACCACUCUCUAGACUGUCUAUUCGCUCUUCUCAUUUUUUUCUCUCUCUGUGCUCCCUUUCCCGAUAGAAUCGUGUCGACGCCAUCUCCAACUCGCCGAUACAGCAAAACGUUUCCGAACAACUUACCUUACACCAAGAUCUACAUCUCAUCUUACUUUGUCAUGCCGAAUCUCCGGGGCCCCCUGCGGGCGCUGCAGCUUGCGGCCCUACUCGCGACGAUAGCCUCGGCCGCCCGCGUCCGCCCGAGCCACAUAUUCGAGCGCGCCGACGGCGACAACGGGACCUGCGCCGCCGACUUCGCGAAGUGUUCGGAGGCCGGCCUCCCGGACGACUUCUGCUGCCCCCAGGGGUCGUCAUGCAUAGCCCUCGCCGCUAACACCACCAUCCUGUGCUGCCCCGAAGGCAACACCUGCAAGGUCAUCUCCGCCAUCACCUGCAACCUCUCGCUCCAGGACCCGGCCGCGAACCCCGAGGCCGAGAUCAAGACGACCGUGCUCGACGGCAAGCUCGAGACCUGCGGCAGCGGGUGCUGCCCCUUCGGCUACCGCUGCAACGGCAAGGACUGCGUCAUGGAGGACGACCAGAGCAAGCCGCCCGCGGCCCCUAGCCCUUCGCCGACGGGCGCACCGACCCCGUCGCCAUCCCCCCCGCCGGCCUCGGAGCAGUCGACGACGAUACAGGUCGUGGACGGGACCUCGACGCCAGCACCUGUGACGGACGCGCCCGCCUCGGGCUCCUCGAGCAACACCGUGGCGAUCAUCGGCGGCGUGGUGGGUGGCCUCGCGGCGCUCAUGCUAGCCGUCGCGGCCCUCUUCUUCUGCCGGGUGCGGCGGCGGAAGCGGGCCGAGGGCAAGGGGGAGCGGCACCGGCGGGAGUCGUCGACGUCGUCGUUCGGCAACAUCAUCAGCGCGCCGGUGCCGCACGCCAACUACCCGAGCCAGCGGCUCGACUUCCUGGCCAAGGCGCAGGAGAACAAGGCGCCGGCGACGCCGCCGCGCAGCGGGGCGUCGUCGCCGACGGCGGUGGCCGCGUCGUCCCCACCUUCUCCGAGCCGCUCGCGCCGCCAACCACCGCCGAUGCACGAGAACCCCUUCUCGCCGUCCUUCGCGUCCUUCCUCGGCAGCGGCGGCGGCGGCGACGACGCAGCGACCCGCCGCCCCGACACCGCCGACACGACCGCGCGCAGCCACCACGCGUCCGCCGAGAUCACGGGCCUGCGCAGCCUGACGCACGGCAGCCCGCAGCAGCAGCGGCCGCGCGCGCCCGCGCGCCAGGACAGCGGCGGCAGCCAGAACAUCGACGUCUUCGCCGACCCGUUCACGGUCGCCGGCGCCGGCAGAGGGUUCCUGGACGUCCCCGGCGCCGCCACCGACCGCAACAGCUCGGCGACGACCUGGUCCGGCAUCCAGCACCGCGCGGACCAGCCGCGGACGCGCGCGCCGGGCCCUUCGCGGAUGCGGUGGGGGUGAGGAGAGCCCCCGGGAGGGGGGGGGGGGGGGGUUAGGUAGAGACAGAUAGCGGGGGAGGAUGAUACGGCAGGGUGCGAUAGUAUGCGUGCUAACUAAUGCGGAUGGGACGGGACGGGACGCACCGCGGAGGAGGAUGGGCGGGAGCGCGAAUAGAAAGAGCGAGAAACAAAAAGCUGUCGAUUUGUAGCGUUCGCAUGAGCAGGCGUUCUUCUGACUUUCAGAUGGGGAGUGUUUUUUUUUUCUUGGGGUUUUCAUGUUUUCUCUUUCGCCUCUCCGUUGCAGCGCCGCGUUUGGGACCCAGCGAACCGUUGUCUACCUACUAAUUGUUUUUCCUUUCUGCGUUCUCUUUUCGAUCCCCCCCCUCUCCCCUGGCUCCGGGGGUCCGGCUCUCGUGCUCAUAUACCCCCUCCUUUUUCUUUCUUUGUCUUUUUUUUUCUUCUUGAUUUCCUGGCCCGGCGCGGAUAUCAACG